GGUGGCAGUCUUACAAAUAUCGCUUCGUACCGUGGCUCUCAUUCAACCUUCCUAAACGAGCCCUAUCCUAUUUUCGUUACAACUAUAUAUGCUCACAUGCGUCAACUGUGAAACGAAACGAUCGAGGUCUCAGCUCAUUAAUUUUAUAUUAUGCCUCCCGAAAGAAAAGUGAACACUCUACUCGAGGUGGCGACAAGAAGCUGCAUAUCAUGGCUAAUGAAAUGCACCUUAAAAUGGCAAGGAGUUCCUGCCAGGAAAUUGCAGCGUGAGUACAUCAUCCGUUGCCUCAGUCCCAUAACUCGACAGCAGUUGUUGUCAAGUGUGCUCUCUCGACACAUGCACGACAUCUCAGCAGAUCUUAAAGUUCAAAUGCUCGAGCUUCUUGGCGAUGACAAGACCACAUCUUUCGAUCUGUCGUCUUCGGGGUAUCAGUACAUCGAAGAAGUCUUCAAUAUCUAUCGCGCCAUUGCGUUCUGCUGUCUAGUAAAUAUCACGCGACUUGGGAUAAUUUGUGACCUCAGCAAGAUCAGUGACAAGCAAUUCAGGUCGGACGUCAACGCGCUUUUCUACCUUCCUCUGGGCAAAAUGAACCGGUUGACGUCUGUGACAUUGCGCAGCUUGGGUGACGCCAAACUUCUGUCGACGCUUGGUUUAAAUUGCACGAAUUUAGAGUAUUUGGACAUUUCUGAGUCUCAUAAUGUGGACGACGAUUGCUUGGCACACCUCUACUUGAGCAAUGCUGAACCACUUACAGAACUCCGAGAUGGUCAACGCCGAUAUAUGCUCACGAAAUUUCACAAGUGCUGUUACACGCUGAAAUUUCUUGGCCUGGCAGCUACUGCAGUGACCACUGAAACCGUGACUUCUUUGGCUAUGAUGAUGCCGAACCUAGAAUCUCUCGGUGGACAUUUGGACUUAGGCUCCAUGUGCGCCGCUCUUGCCAUGCCUUAUGGUGGUCUAAACAGUCCAAGUGCAGAGCCUUGCGUCUUGCUUGAAGUAUUUGAUCUGGAAAGAGAUGGAUUGCAUAAACUAUCGGUGAAGAACUAUGAAGCUGUCUUCGCAAGAAAACAUGAGGCUGAAGCGUCCGACGAAUUCGGACCUUCGGGGUUUCUUGUGCCUCCUCCGUCCACUCUGAAAUACACCCAACUUUGGGACGUUUCUAUCGGGGCUGAAGUGUCCCUUAUUUUAAAUAACGUCUGCCCGGAUGUCUCUGAAUUUCACAUACGUUACAAUUCGCUUUCAAGCCUCGCCGAGUUCCAUCACUUGAAGGUUUUGGACGUUGACUGUGAUUUCGGGUCUGAGUGGCCGUAUUAUUUACUGCAGUACUUGAAGCAACGCGGCUCUUCUUUGACAUCACUGUCUGUGACACUAUCUGUCACUACCUUCAUGCCGCUCUCCGAACUUCAAUCCAGUUGCCCUAACCUGGAAAGGCUGUCGAUGCCGAUAUUUACGGAAAGCGAAGAGACAACUUUACUCAAGCUUACUUCUGCCAACAUUUCUGUCGAAUCCUGGGAAGUUCUAGAGUGUUUCAGCAAAGCUCACCCUCAAUUGAAGGAGCUAUACGUUGUUUUGAAUCGUCUUUGGCCGUCGUAUGGCCUGUACAAGGAACUAACUGACAGUGUUUUUACCGACAUCCUAAGUUGUUCGUCGUUCAGUAACCUAGAAAAACUCGUCAUCGGCAAAUGCCAGCUUGGUAAGAGAGCUGUGGAGCUUUGCCUGGGACCGAGUUGUCCAAAGCUACGCGUGUUAGGCUACGUAGAUCGCUGGAGUAAUCUUUCUAGAGAAGACGUGACUAAUUUACAGAAUGAGAUCCUUGAGCGGAAUCUUGACAUUGUGCUCCUCAAAUCAUCCGAUAAAAGAGGAACGUACUUUACCUUCAACGAGGGGAUUUACUGAUUUAAUCUGGCAGCUUUAAACUCAAAUCUAACUUUCUCUCAGUUGUGAAAUGUUCAUUAAAAAUUUUUGCUAUCAGCUUUAUACUCGAAUCAAAUCUAACAUUCUUUUCAUUUCUGAAAUAAGCAUUGAAUUUUUCGGCUUAAUCUGCUCUAUUGAAAAUAUCAAAUCAAACAUGGAUACCAUUAAUUCGUUUCUCAUUCUAUUCUCACCUAAAAAUAGCAGCAUCCUAGAAUUUGCUGAAAAUUGUAUUU